AUGGGGAACAUGGACGGGAAAACCGUGGAGGAGCUGAGCACCACCGAGUGCCACCAGUGGUACAAGAAGUUCAUGACAGAGUGUCCUUCUGGCCAGCUCACCCUCUACGAGUUCAAACAGUUUUUUGGCCUGAAAAACCUGAGUCCGGCAGCGAACAAAUACGUUGAGCAAAUGUUUGAGACGUUCGACUUUAAUAAGGAUGGCUACAUCGAUUUCAUGGAGUAUGUGGCAGCCCUGAGCCUGGUGCUGAAGGGCAAGGUGGACCAGAAGCUCAGGUGGUAUUUCAAGCUCUAUGAUGUGGAUGGCAACGGCUGCAUCGACCGGGCUGAGCUGCUGAACAUCAUCAAAGCCAUCCGCUCCAUCAACCGCUGCAACGAGAAGAUGACGGCAGAGGAGUUCACAGACAUGGUGUUCAACAAAAUCGACAUCAACGGAGAUGGCGAGCUGUCCCUGGAGGAGUUCAUGGAGGGCGUGCAGAAGGACGAGAUGCUGUUGGACAUCCUGACGCGCAGCCUGGACCUGACCCACAUCGUGAGGCUGAUCCAGAACGAUGGCAAGAACCCCCACGAGGCCGGGCAGGACGCCCAGGCUGCCCAGUAG